UGUUACAUCAGUCUACAUUCGACUCUUUCUGAGUACACACUUGUCUUCGGUGAUAUAUUUCAAACUUUCUUUUUUUAAGAUGAGAUUAAACUCAGUUAUUCCAAAUUUUAAGACCGAGACCACUCAAGGUCCAAUUGAAUUUUACGAAUGGCAAGGCAAUUCAUGGGUAGUUCUCUUUUCUCAUCCUGCCGAUUUUACACCAGUUUGUACUACCGAAUUGGGUCGUAUUGCUGUUCAUCAACCCCAUUUUGAGCGACGUAAUGUUAAACUUUUGGCUCAUUCCGUAGACAAGCUCAAAGAUCAUGUUGACUGGGUGAAUGAUAUCAAAUCUUAUUGCCGUGAUAUUCCCGGAGCAUUCCCGUAUCCGAUCAUCGCCGAUCCAAAUAGAACUUUAGCAGUACAGCUCGAUAUGAUCGAUGAGGAUAGCAAAGAUGAUCCAGAAACUGCUCAAACUGUUCGAGCACUUUACAUUAUAAGUCCAGAUCAUCGACUUCGUUUGUCAAUGCAUUAUCCAACUUCUACUGGACGUAACGUCGACGAAAUGUUACGUGUGAUCGACUCUCUACAGUUGGUCGAUAGAAAACCGGAAAUUGCAACGCCUGCCAAUUGGAUCCCUGGAGAAAAGGUCAUGAUCUUGCCAACUGUAAAAGAUGAAGAUUUACCUAAACUCUUCCCUAAAGGAGUCGAUAAGGUUUCCAUGCCAUCAGGCAAAGUUUACGUUCGUACAACUACAGAUUAUUAAAUAUUAAAAUGUUAAUAUAAAUAAUGAUAAUAUACAUGUUAUCCUUUCAUUUAUAUACUUGUAUUAAAUGAAUAUAAAAAAUGA